GGUCCCAGACGGUUGUGCUGCUGCUCUGUCUCCCUCUACUCCGCAGCCUAACCAGAACCAUGCUGCUCAGAAUCUUUGUUUCUGUCUUCGUUGUUGGACUCCUGAGGUCAGACUCAGAGGGAUUCACAGAUACUGGCCCAUGGCUGUGCCAGCCAGCGCCCAGGUGUGGGGACCAGACCUACGACCCCUUGGAGCAGUGCUGUGACAAUGACACCAUCCUGCCCCUGAAUGCAACCCAGCUGUGUGUCCCCAACUGCAUCUUCUAUCCCUGCUUCCAGCACUGCUGCCUGGAGUCCCAGGACUCUCAGAAUCAGGCAGUGGUGACAUUCAAGGUCCCAGGCAUGAAGCCUGACUGCAGGUCCUCCCCCAUCUCCAGGAUUUGUGCCCAGGAAUACCACCCAACCAGCCCUUGGUCAGAUCCAACUUCAUCUGGACAAGCCUGAGGAGCAGAAUCUGGCACCACAGAUUGAUCCCAGGGGUGCUUAACCAUUGAACCAUGUCCCCGGCCCUUUCUUUUUCUUUUGCUAAAUUUUUGAGGCUGACCUUAAACUUGUGGUCCUCUUGCUUCAGCCUCCUGAGUCCCUGGGAUGACAGACAUGUCCCAUCAUGCCAAGCUCAAUUGGGAUCUUUCUAAUAAACAUAUUUAACCAGUU